CAGCAACCUUGCAACCUUGAAAGUUGCUCUGCAGAUAAUCUGUCGCUGCCCUACCAUCCCAAGACUUGCCAACGAUUAUCUAGACGACAAUCCGUCUUGCACGCCAGCUAUCAGACGAAUGCAGCUAUAACCAACUCAACGGCUUACACGGCCACUGUUCCUUUCCUAGCCUUUGCAAAGGCUCAAAGGCUAUUAUUAAUAUCCUUUAGCUUUGCAGUUUAGGUUACGUGGAAUUGGCCGGCCAUGGAGAAGUUCUCACAAUUCCGGGAUCGAGGCUCUGGCAUAGCUCCUUUCCUGCCAGUGACCACCGAGUCCUCGAUCUUCGCAACCCUCUUCCACGCGGUCCUCUUCCUCUUUCGACUUCCGCUGUUCUUGGCGUUCUCGACCGCCUACUUCCUCGUCCUCCAACACAUCCCUUUCCUCCCCGCCGUGAUACGUAAGCUCCUGCUCUGGUCCCUGCUCGCCAUUCCGGGGGUCUGGUGGGUCGACCUCCAACUCGACGGCGUCAAGCGCGGCUCGCUCAGCCAGCAGCCGCGCUCCCGCGUGCCGGGAGCACGCUCCAUCAUCGCCGCCAACUUCACCUCCCCGAUCGACGCGCUCUACCUGGCCGCCGUCUUCGACCCCGUCUUUGUCGCCGCGCAUCCUUCCUCCCGCAAGGUCCGCCCGAUCGGCCUCUUCUCGGCCAUCCUCGCCGCCCUCUCCCCCUCCGCCCAGCUCUCGACCCUCGCCCAGUGGGAGGCCGACGGCGGCGACGGCCUGACCGACCUCCGCGCCCUCGUCGCCCGCUACCCGGGCCGCGCGAUCGCCGUCUUCCCCGAGUGCGGCACCACCAACGGCCGCGGGAUCCUCCCGCUCAGCCCGUGCCUGCUGACGGCCCCCGCCGAGAGCCCCAUCUUCGCCGUCAGCCUGCGCUACACUCCCCCGGACGUCACGACGCCCAUCCUGGGCGCAAAGGGCUCGGCCGCCUUCGCGUGGAAGCUGCUGGGACGCCCGACGCACUACAUUAGGGUCCGGAUCGCGGAGGGCGUGCAUAAUACCACGGCGGCGUCGAACGGGGUUUCGGCUGGCUCCGCGGCUGCGGGCUCCGUGCGGAGGGGUGACUGGGAAGGGCGUGCCGAGGACCAGCCUACGGCAGAGGAGCAACAGUUGCUGGAUCGGAUCGGUGAGGCGUUGGCUAGGCUGGGGAGGGCGAAGAGGGUUGGGCUGACGUUGAAGGAGAAGGCGGCGUUCUUGAAGGCCUGGGCUAAGAGGUGA